AUGGUCAUCUCCAAAGACGAUCCGCUGCAUCAAAUAGCGGCGCUCAAACAACUAGCAAAGCUGCUCUAUGACGGUUCGGAAACAUCGAUUCUUACUUGUCAUGCGCAGAAUGAGCUCGGUCAGCUUCUUGCAGUUCUUGGUCUUUCGGGGAAGCACUUCCUUGAAUGCUCAGAAAGUCCGGGUCCUCAGGAACAGAAGAAGUUGAAGAUAUACCAUUCUAUCCUAGUGGAUCUCAAGAGACUCCAAAGAAGUACCACCGAGAUUGACUCACCAGAGCUUAUCGAGGAUGUCCGAGCCCUGAUCAAUGACGUGACUUUUGGUCUAAGCAUUAUGAAUGCCCACAUGGUAGUAUCGUCGCAAAACAAGAUGAACCAAAUGCUACGGGACUAUAUCGUUCAUAUCGCCACCGGAAGACGAGAUGUUAAUAUUGUCGCCAACCUUUUCAAGGACGGUUCGUUCUUCGAGAAAGAAAAGGCAUGGAAGGAUCUGCAGCAAGAGCUACAGGACUUUGGCAUGACAAAGGAGCAGUCAUUUCAGGAGCACGAUUUUAUCCUCAUGACCCUUCGGAAAGCAGCACUCGAGAGCACGCUCUUGGGUAAUCUCAUUCCAAAGCCACCGGUGCCGGAAAUCCCUAUGCCUCCGUCACCUACAACAUUCACCAACUCGUCGAACGCGAUGAGCAGGUCUUCAUCCGAAUACUCAAGGUCCUCUGGUGAAUCUCUUGACACCGAAAGCUGGGAUCAUAAUUCAUUGCCGGUCGAUGAUAUCCCUGUCUCCAUAGCUGUCGAAAUCGAGGUCUCAAAUCGCCAAGUACCUCGAAGAUUACCGGGUAGGGCGCUGGAUGACUUCCCCGAAGCCAGGGAUAUAUUCAGUCCACUCGAAGGGUACGACAAUCAAAUGGUCUUCCGACCUUCAGUUAUGCCAAAGCCAGAGCCAUCUUUGAUACCGAGUAACUCUGCAGACAAAGCAACCGCCAGGUUCAGUGCCAUCCCUCCGAGACUAGAAGCUAGAGGCCGCUCUGCAUCCGAAGGCAACUUCAAUCGAUUCUCCCUAUCCGCAAUUCCACAAGUUGCAGUCAAACGGGGCAAGAGACCCAAUCUAAUGAGUCGAAUGAAAUUCAAAAUGACGAAUAACAAAGGGGAAUUGUGCUCAUUAGUCAAGAUCGGUGAUGUAUACGGAAUCAAAUGUGCACUCGACAAGGGCGCCAGUGCGAACACCGAGAAUCCUCUCGGGCAAACAGGCUUAAUCAUUGCUGCCGCCUUUGGUCACUAUGAUGUUGUCAUGCUCCUCAUGGACCACGGCGCCAAAUUGGACGCAAUGGGACAUGGCGGCGAGACUGCACUCUCUGUAGCUACCCUGCGCGGAUACAGUGAUAUCGCCGAGCUGCUGCUAGAUCGCGGCGCAGAUCCCAACGCAGCAUCUGUAUAUGGAAAGCCGGCUCUUUCGCAGGCUGCAGGAACCGGUAAUCUGGCUUUAACUAAGCUUUUACUGGACUUCGGUGCGGACCCCAAUGGCAUUACUGCCUCGGGUGAGACGGCGCUUUCAUAUGCUGCUACUUGUGAUCGCUAUCAGGUCGCACAGUUGCUGCUUCGCAGUGGUGCAAUGGUUGAUAAAACUGGCCAUGCUGGUCGGACGCCUCUUCUCAAGGCUGUUGGCAAAGGUAGCAGUCGUAUGGUCCAGUUGUUGAUGGAUCAUGGUGCAGAUCCUAAUCGACAAGAUAGCCGUCAGCAGACUCCUUUGAUACAAGCGAUGCAACAGGGAAGAUCCGAAAUCCUUGCCAUAUUUCUUAAGCAUGGAUAUGGCCCUGAUCACGGGUCUGGGUCUACUUUAGCGAUGGCUGGAGAGAUUUCGCAUAGAAUGUCGUUCUUUAGCACCUAA